AGCGGCAGAGAGAGAGUGUCUGUGCUCCGGCUCCAGAGAGAACCACCGACCGGAGGACCGACGAGGAGCGGCCCUGACACAGAGCAGGGGCGGAUCGGUUCGCUUCAGGAGCCGCUUGUCUCGCGGAGCUGCGCCGCCACCUGGUGUGUGUGUGUGUGUGUGUGUGUGUGUGUGUGUGAGCGAGCGAGCGCGGGUUUACAGCUGUUCAUGAGUGUGUGUGCACAGACACACACUGGCUGAUUGUGGAGUCUGGAUUAACUGCUGCAGACCCCCCGGACUGUGGAUGGAUUUUAGGACCCCCCCCCCCUCUGGAUUAGGAUAUAAAGUGAUUGACGGAUCAGAGCAACAGUGGAAGUGACAUCACAUCUACACACGUGUAAAGGUCUAAAAUGCUCUGAGUCGUGUUCGGCUGGAACCCGGGAGACGACUCGUCAUCCUUCCUGUCGGCUCCCGCUGGUCCGACCCGAGACGAACUUUGCUCCCAGGGUUCACUUUGACGGACAGCUCCACUCCGGCGGUGACGGAUGGUGACGGAUCAGCGGGAGGCGGCGAUGACUGCGCUCGUUUGCUUUGUUUCCUCUUGUCGAAAAAUCCUGCUGGUGGUUCAGAGGCAAGACUGGAAUUUUUUCCCUGCGAAGAUUCUUCUUCUUCUUUCCGUCGGAGUCGACGGCUGCGGCCGCGGAGAGAAGCUCCUCCGUCACCUCCGGCAGUUCUCACACACGGAAUAUAUCUGACAAAAAGAUGCUGCAGGAAUCUGACGAGGGACUGAGUCCGACCUGAACUCUCCCCUCCCUCCCCCUCCCCCUUUCCUCCUCCCCCUGACCCCACCCCCCCCGAGCGCCGCCGUCCCACCAUGAACCUGCUGUGUCGCGGACGCCUGAAGCUGCUGGUGGCGUCGCUCACCGCCGUCGUCCUGCUCACGUGGCUCUACCUGCUGGCGGGAAACCUGGAGAAUGGCCGCUCCCUCCUCCUGGCGCCCUGCCUGGCCGACACGCCGGCGGCCCAGGUCCAGGAGCGGGCCGUCCUGGAGUCGCGGGUCCGAGAGGUGGAGGAGGAGAACCGGCAGAUCCGGCUGCAGCUCAGCCGGUCGCUGGGCGCCGGCGGCCAGCAGCCGGACGGCAACUACGGCAACCAGCAGUGGGGAGCGUCGGCGGACACGGGGCCCGAGGACGGCGACAACACGGCGGAGGAGAAGAACAACCACACCGAGUGUCCCCGACCGCCCACCGUCCAGAAGUGUGAGCUCAUCCACGUGGCGUGCGUUUGUGCCGGUCACAACGCCAGCAGAGACGUGGUCACGCUGGUCAAGUCCGUCCUCUUUCACAGGAGAAAUCCUCUUCACUUUCAUUUCAUCACCGACACCGUAGCCAAUCGUAUCCUGAGUUCCCUGUUCCAGUCCUGGAUGGUCCCGUCCGUGCAAGUCAGCUUCUACGAUGCCGACGAGCUCAAGUCCGAGGUGUCGUGGAUACCCAACAAGCACUACUCAGGUAUUUACGGCUUGAUGAAGCUGACGCUAACCAAAGCUUUGCCCGCCGACCUGUCCAAGGUCAUCGUCCUGGACACGGACAUCACCUUCGCCACGGACAUCGCCGAGCUCUGGGGCAUUUUUAGGAAGUUUACAGAUAAGCAGGUGAUCGGUCUGGUGGAGAACCAGAGUGACUGGUACCUGGGGAACCUGUGGAAGAACCACAAACCGUGGCCGGCGCUGGGACGAGGCUUCAACACAGGCGUCAUCCUCCUCUACCUGGAGCGACUGCGGCGAAUCGGCUGGGAGCAGAUGUGGCGGCUGACGGCGGAGAGGGAGCUCAUGAGCAUGCUCAGUACGUCGCUCGCCGAUCAGGACAUCUUCAACGCCUUCAUCAAGCAGAACCCGGUGCUGGUCCACCAGCUGCCCUGCUUCUGGAACGUCCAGCUGUCGGAUCACACCCGCUCCGAGCAGUGCUACACCGAGGUGUCGGACCUCAAGGUGAUCCACUGGAACUCCCCGAAGAAGCUCCGCGUGAAGAACAAGCACGUGGAGUUUUUCCGUAACCUCUACCUGACCUUCCUGGAGUACGACGGGAACCUGCUGAGACGCGAGCUGUUCGGCUGCCCGAGUCAGGCCGGUCCGGAGAGCGUCCAGCUGCAGGCGGCUCUGGAGGAGCUCGACGAGGACGACCAGUGCUACGACUUCCGGCGGGAGCGGCUCACCGUCCACCGCGUGCACCUCUACUUCCUGCAGUACGAGUACACGCCCGCCGAGGACGACACCGACGUCACGCUGGUGGCCCAGCUCUCCAUGGACAGGCUGCAGAUGCUGGAGGCCAUCUGUAAGCACUGGGAAGGCCCCAUCAGCCUGGCGCUCUACAUGUCCGACGCCGAGGCGCAGCAGUUCCUGCGCUACGCUCAGGCCUCCGAGGUCCUGAAGAACCGCAAGAACGUGGGCUACCACGUGGUCUACAAGGAGGGACAGUUCUACCCGGUCAACCUGGUGAGGAACGUGGCCCUGAAGAACGCCAACACGCCCUACGUGUUCCUGACCGACGUGGACUUCCUGCCCAUGUACGGGCUCUACGAUUACCUCAGGAAGUCCGUGGUGCAGCUGGACAUGGCUCACACCAAGAAGGCUCUGGUGGUCCCGGCCUUCGAGACGCUCCGGUACCGUCUGUCCUUCCCCAAAUCCAAAGCCGAGCUGCUCUCCAUGCUGGACAUGGGGACUCUCUACACCUUCAGGUAUCACGUGUGGCCCAAAGGUCACGCCCCCACCGACUAUGCCAAAUGGCGAACAGCCACCACGCCCUACAAGGUGGAGUGGGAGCCGGACUUCGAGCCGUACGUCGUGGUGAGACGGGACUGUCCCGAGUACGACCAGCGCUUCGUGGGCUUCGGCUGGAACAAGGUGUCUCAUGUCAUGGAGCUGGACGCUCAGGAGUACGACCUGACGGUGCUGCCCAACGCCUUCAUGAUCCACAUGCCCCACGCUCCCAGCUUCGACAUCUCCAAGUUCCGCUCCAGCCCCAGUUACCGCAACUGUCUGAACACGCUGAAGGACGAGUUCCACCAGGACCUGUCCAGGAAGUACGGCUCGGCCGCCCUCAAGUACCUCACGGCCCAGAGGAACAUCUGAGACAGCGUCCCGUCAGCUCGGACACGUGACCGACGCCACCACGACGCCCCGAGUGCGCAAAAUGACGGCAAAGCUUUACGGCCCCUGUCAGACAUUCUGGGGCUCCUGUGCAUUAAUUCUCCAGUCGACUCGACCUCGGCGAGGAACGAGACGCAAGGGACGAAGACUUGGAAACAGGAAACGGAGAGACGGCGGCCUUUCUUCCGAACGCGGGACUCACGGGACUCGCCGGCCUGAGAGGACGAUCGCAGAGCGAGAGAGUGGAAACUGAUCGUCGGCCGGAAAAUAACCGUAUUCUUACAAUUUGUUCUGACAAUCAGGACUCUCUUUCCGUCCACGUGGGGAAAUCUGGACGCUCGGGAGACGAGAUGAUCCCGCGUGGUGUCGGGGGAGACGACAGCGCGAGGCCGUCGAACUGGAGAAAGAUUUAACGCCUUAUCACUUUUCAUAUUUCACGAUUUCCCCCUCUUCUUUUCUUUCCCGUGUAAAAUCAAAACCAAUGAGUGAUGAAUGACAAUGUGUUGAUUGUUACUUGACAUGAGAAUCAGUUUAUUUUUUAUUUCGACCUAUUUUCGGACGUGAGUCUUCAACAUGCUUCCUGCUUGUCGUCUAAAUCAUUCUUGCUUUUUGUCUUUGAUCACAUUCUCUUGCGUGUGAACA